AUGUCUGCCAUUUUCAAUUUCCAGAGUCUGCUGACCGUCAUCUUGCAGCUUAUAUGUACCUGUGCUUACAUCCGGUCCUUGACACCCAGCGUCUUGGACAGAAAUAAAACUGGAUUGUUGGGGAUAUUUUGGAAAUGUGCCAGAAUUGGUGAACGAAAAAGUCCAUAUGUCGUAGUGUGCUGUGUAGUGAUGGCCUUCAGCAUCCUUUUCAUGCAGUAGCCUGGAAAAAGUAACACUUGAAUUUCCAUCAUAUUUCACUAUAAACAAGGACUUGCCUUCAGAAAUACUGGGAAGA